AUGUCCGAUCCUAUACGCUUUGGCGCACUACUGGUGUGCUUAGGUUUGAUCUUAUACUUUGCUCGCAAUCAAAUAAAAGCCUUGAACAAGUCAUUAUUUGCAACGAGAGUGGCUGUCACUGAUAAGGAGAGAACAUUAUCAUCAAGCAAUCCCAAGCCAACUUCCAUAUAUGGGAAGACCAAUGACACAAUUCCAAACCCUACACCAUUAUUGAUAAAACCCCAAGAAGUUAGAAAUUACGACGAUAGACCAUGGAGACCAUUUCGUUGGCCAUAUCAUCAAACAAUGUCUAUUUUCAAAUUGGAUAUUAAUCAUUGGCUUGACAUGGAUAAAUAUUAUCAACAUUAUAUUGACGAGAAGGAGAGGAUAAGACUCAAGUACGGAGAAGAAAACUUUGGUAUGUUACCUGAAGGUUAUGAUGCAUGUGUUGAAUUGAUGGAAAUGGUUGUUGAUCAUAUGAUUAAGAGAUAUCCCUUGUUGUUCACUGUUGUACAGGAUGGAGAUUGGGAAACUACAGGUAAAAUUGUGAGAAAUGAAGUUACCAAAGAGGUCUUGGAUAUGACAAGACCAUUUAAGGAAGAUCCUUUAGUCUAUGUAUCAAAGUUGGCUAAAGAAGAUUUCUAUCUUGUUUUGAAAAAUCCCAAAGACGGAUUACAUUAUAUGGUUGCUGGAGCUGUCCCAUUUCCUGGAGGAUCCUUCUUCAUUAAAGAUAAAUUAGGUAAACAUAUCGAUACGAUUCAUCAAAAGGUACCAUAUUAUGAAAAAAGUUUGAAGAAAUCAAUGGAAAGAUGGUUUGGUAGAAUGAAACCUGAAGAUCCAGUGGAAAGAGCAAGUUGGUACAUCACUUGGGAUACUAAAUUAAAAGUUAGCAAUAUCUACCAAACUGAGAAAUUUUUCCCCAAUAUGGAGAAAGAUCUUGAAGGAGCAGAUCCACGUCAAUUCAAUGUUCGAGUAGAAAGACAAACUUUGCGUCGUUUACCCAAAACUGGAGCCAUCAUCUUUACAAAUCAUCCCAUUUAUUAUUCAAUUGAAGAAAUGAAAGAUGAACCAAUGAUUCCAUCGCUUUUGAGGAAAAUCAUAUACGAAGGACCCGAAGAUAUUCUCAAGUACAAAAACUUUGAAAUGGUUAGAGAUAAAUUGGCACCAUAUUUAGAUGAAUUGAUUCAAAGACAAAAAGAUUUAGGUAUUAUAACUGAUGAAAUGCCAUUGAAAACGCAACCCAAUUAUCCUUUUGCUUAUUGGGUUAAGGAGAAUGUAAACAUUUCUGAGUCUGAAGGUUGGAACAAUCCUAGUACUGCUUACGAUAAGAAACAUAUGAAAACAGAAGGGUUUGAUGCAUCAAAGUUGGCAGAUAAUGAAUGA